CCGGGGUGCUGUUGUUUGUAGCACCACUUUGAUGAGCACUUUAGAAACUUAUCACAGCCGGUAUCAAGAUACAUAUAUAUAAUUAUCAAAAGUCAUUUUGUUUUUUUCAUUUAUCUUUACAUACUUUUCAAGCAUUCGAAAAUCAAAAUCAGAAUCAAACCAAAUUAAUCAUUUCAAUGGGUUCUUAUUAUAGGAAAUCUAUCACAAUCGAUAUACUCUUCACAGUAGCCAAUCGAACAUUCCUUUCCCCAUUUUUUUCCCUAUGGAUCCCGAUCAUAGCAAGUCUACAAAAAACCUCAUCCGCCUCCGAUCAAUUCUAUCAAUCCUCAAUUUAUUUUUUAAUAAUUGUUUCAAUUAGAUGGUUAUUGAAUUAUUCUUCUUUAGCUUGGUUAAAUAAAACUUGGAGAAUUGGUUGGGGUGAUAGGAUCGAUUGGGAUCAUCAGAUUGUUUUGGUGACAGGUGGUUCGGAUGGGUUGGGUAGAGUGUUGGUCGAAACUUUGGAUCUUAAGAAUAUUACGCUCGUUGUUUUGGAUCUUAAACCUUUUACUACUAAUCCAUCGGAAUCAGAUGUUCAUUACUAUCAGUGUGAUGUAUCGGAUCCGAAAGCUGUAGAAGCUGUAGCCGAUCGAAUCAAAGCCGAAGUAGGAGAUCCAACGAUCAUCAUCAAUAAUGCUGGAGUAGUAAAUGGAAAACUAAUUGUCGAUCUUAAUCCAAAUGAAGUUCAGAGGAGUUUUGGAGUGAAUGUGAUGUCACAUUUUUACCUUUUGAAGGCUUUCUUACCCAAGAUGAUCGAACUAAAACAAGGACAUAUAGUUACUGUAGCUUCAGUCUUGGGUACUAUAGGUGUCUGUCAAGCUUCAGAUUAUUGUGCUUCAAAAGCUGCUUGUUCAAGUUUACAUGAUUCUUUAAGACUCGAACUCGAUCAUAGACAUCAAUGUUCAGGAGUUCGUACGACUUUAGUAAGUCCAGGUAGAUUAGAAACCAAAAUGUUUGGAGCGCUCAGACCCCAAAACCGAUUUUUGUUCCCCCAAGUAGCACCUCAUGAUCUUGCCAAACUGAUCAUCCAAACCUUGGAUUCAAAUGAAGGCAAAGAGAUUUGGGUACCUGUUUAUUCUAAGUUGACUUGGGUCUUUAAAGGGUUUCCGUCUUGGGCGAAAGAUUUGGCUCAUUGGUUUGCUGGAUCGAAUGAAGCUAUGAUGGAUUUUCAUCCUUGAGAAAUAGAAAUCGGUUUGAGGAACGGUCGGCUUGCGUUUGGUUGGUUUCUUCGGUUUGGGAGCUACUUUUUUACCGUUCGAAGUUUGGGUGUGUGUGUGUGGGUUUGUGGAUAUAUCUUUUUAGUUUAUUUAAGAAAGUAGGAUGGGUGCAUAUGUGGAUCAUGAGGUAUACAUCGUUGCAUUAUAUUGUUGAAUUGUUGGAAAACACAAUGGGUUUAGCAUUGAAAUUUGUGACAGAAAAUUUAUGGCUUUUUGAGCAGAGACACCUUUGAAGAUU